AUGAAAAUUUUCAUCCUUGGCGCAACCGGAUUCAUUGGCCUUCCCAUCGCUCAGGCUUUCGUUCGGGCUGGACAUGUCGUGUAUGGUCAAACGCGCUCGGAGGAGAAAGCCAAGCAACUCACGGCUGAAGAGAUCAUCCCGAUCGUAUGCGACCCCUCCCACGUGAACACAUACAUGCACCUCAUCCCGACCCUCGACGUGAUUGUUGACGCAGUAGGUGGGAGCAACCUUAAAGUGGCGUCCGAAUCCCUCCUCAACGUAGUUGCCACCGCGGCCUCGACGCUCCGCCACUUCACUGCACCCCGCCUCACCUACAUUUACACCUCCGGCACCUGGGUGCACGGCGAGAACCGCAAGGACGUCGUGAGCGACACGACGGCCGUGAGCAACCCCAUCGAGCUCACAGCCUGGCGCCCGGAGCAGGAGCAGCGCGUCAUCAACAACUCACACGUGAACGGCAUCGUCAUCCGCCCGUCUCUUCUGUACGGACGGUCGGGCUCGCUCUUCGUCCCGCUCUUCCGGCGUGCGUACGAGGGGAAGGUGGCUUGGCACGGGGAGUCGGGCGGACGGCUCGCGUUGAUCCACUGCGACGACCUGGCGGAGGUGUACAUGCUCGCCGCGGAGAAGGCAGCGAUUGCGGGGGGCAAGAUCUUCGAUUCCUCGAACGACAUCAACGAGAGCGCGGACGCGUUCUUGCAGCGGCUUGUGGAGGUAUCGGGCGCGCUCGGGCCGUAUGAGUACCUCGAGCCUACGAAUUUGUUCGAGAAGGCCUUGGGUACGACGACCAUCAUACGGCCCUAUCUUGCCCGUGCUCUCCUUGGGUGGCACCCUCGCAAGGCUGGUUUGAUCGACCAUCUCGAGGUGUACUACAAUUCCUGGAAGGCUAGCGAGGGCCUUCCGUAA